AUGCCCGUAUACUACAGUGAGACUCAACGGCUGAGCUGGACGCAACGCAUAGCUCUGGUCAGAUACAAUUUCCAUGCAGCACUGCGCACAAACGAUUUUACAUUCUUCAGGACUUUGCAGGCUAAAUAUUUCUUGGAAGGAACUGAUCAUGUGGCGAUCUUGACCUCUCUUCUGGGGGGCGAGGUCGACACUGUCUUGCACACACUUGACGAUCUGAACAUUAGCUUGGCAUAUGCUCAUGAGGAUGCGUUCAAAAACGUGUACGAUUAUAUACUAUCCAGCGCGGCCGAAGAGGAGCGUUCUCGCCGCUCAAAGAUUCGGCUCAACAUCGGCCAACAAAAAGCAACGGCUGACACUGGCAUCGACAAGACGGCAGCAGCAGCGAUUGCCCUCAUAGAGAACCAGGAUUCGGUGCUCCAAGAAGCCCUGGCCAACGUUUGGUUGUUCGGUACGACUAUCGUGACCGAUGCAAUGCAAACUGUCGUUCUGCAAAUGGACAACCUCGAGGCAAUGAUGGACGACUUGGUUUUACUUGAAAACGCCUGGCACGUCGUGCAAACCUCCAUUGAGGCCACCGUGUCGGCCCUUCGCGGAGUCUUCAAUCUUAUGGCUAGCGCGGAGAACGAACCAAAUUUCGCACGGGAUCGCGAUAGCUACUGUAGGACACUGAGCGGUGUUGGCCAACGAAGCCGCGCAACGUCUGUUGGAUCUACGGCCAGUAAUUUGUUCAAGCGGUUGAGCACAGUCCUCAGUUCCAAUCCGUACCCGUCAUCAACCUGUGUUUACAAGAAUGCCAAGGAUCAAACAGCGGCCCCAAAACGAGCUGGCAGAGUCGCAGAGACGAGUGUUCCGGCAAUCACGCUUUCGGAUGAGGGUGACGUCCAUUUGGAGACAAGAACAGAUCAUUCAACGUCGUUCGAGACCCCCUUGAGCUCAUUCGACAUAGAAUUCCAGAGUCUGCAUGAGACAUCAUCCUGUUCGAAUUCGCUUGUGGAGACGGCCACAGAAUCUUCUAUGUCGCCUCUCGACUUUGAUCCACUGGACGACAAUGCUGGCUUAUCAAUUACCGAGCCGAAGAACCACACCAAGGACAGCGGCCCGUGAUUUUGGAAAUUCUUAAAGGAUCCAAGCUUGCAAUCAUUUCGUUCUUAGAUAGAAGCUCCAAUACUAAGUGGCCCUGGACUUGUCCUCAUCGCCUUGGUACGAAGAAUCCUUGUGUACAGGUUGGAAUUCUGGUCAAUGCUUGUGAUAAGCAGCAGCUACGUGGGGAAGAGUGCAGUGUGGAGGGAGGAUGCUUUAGCCUUUUCAGUGCUCAUUAAUUCGUCUGAAAA